GAAACAUUUAAAAAAAUAUAUGGGGCGGAAAGACGCUUUCGUAGUUUCUAAGUAAUUUUAACUUUAUUUUGUGUUUCAGUGUUGUAAAAGUUCAGUGAUUUCUUUGAAAAUUGAGGAUUUUGAAGCAGAGUCUAGUUAUUUAAAUAAUGAGUCAAAAAACGUCGCGCAAAGGGGUAGUGACUGAUGAAAAGGAGAAGAGGCAAACUGACAGUCCUGUUAAAGACAUGAAAAAGAAAAUGGCUGCCAAUGCUGAGAAAGAAAAGCAAGCCGCCGAGAAAUCCAACGAGAAACCUGAGAAACCCACAGAAAAAACAGAUAAACCAGCAGAUAAGGGCGAGAAGGUUCCAGAGAAAAAGACAGACAAAGCUGAAAAGAAGCCAGAGGCAGAUAAGAAGAUAGAAAAAACUGAAAAGAAACAAGAGGCUGACAAGAAGUUAGAAAAGAAACAAGAGGCAGAGAAGAAAGAUGACAGCACCAGUAAAGAUGAUAAAGCUGCGAAGCCGGAGAAAUCGAACGAGGCGAAACCUUCAAAGCCCAAACAUAACGGGAGCGCGCGCGUAAAUGGCGCCACAAACGGCGAUCACAACGGAACGGUGAGUGCGCCGGACUACGAGGACGAGGACGGGGACGAGGACGAGGAGGGCGAGGGGGACGAGAUGUUCCCCGAGCUCAAGUACGACGACACCUCCGACCCCGAGUUCGAACCUGACGCGCCGCACGGCAGGAGCAUUACGCGGCGCUCGCAGGCUAAAGUGACGCGCACGCCGGAGACGCCGCGCCCCGCCUCCGACCGACACACGGACGCCGCUGACGACUCGAAAGAUUCGAAGGUGCUCAAACUAAAGGAAGACGUGCCCUCGACGGAUCGCAAAUUACGCUCUGCAGACUCGCCAAAACCUGAAUCCAAAAAACAGCAGGAGAACAAACAAGAGCCCGCCAAGAAGCCAGAAUCCCAGGAUAAACCUCAGGAAUCACCUAAAAAACCGCAAGAAACACAGAAGAAAGAGGAAUCAGCUAAAAAAACUCAAGAAACACAAGACAAACCACAAGAGCCUAGCAAAAAAGUACAAGAUUCACCUAAAAAGGCAGAUAGUGUUAACAGAGAUGAGAAGGAGAAUGGCGAUGGAAAUAUGGAUAUCGUGGAAAUCGAAGAUGAAGGUGAGUGUAGUUUAUAGAAUAUUCUUUGAA